AUGUCGGGCAGGUCGGUCCGAGCGGAGACCCGUAGCAGGGCCAAGGAUGACAUCAAGCGGGUUAUGGCCGCUAUCGAGAAAGUACGAAAAUGGGAGAAGAAAUGGGUGACCGUGGGAGACACGUCACUUCGCAUCUACAAAUGGGUGCCAGUGACGGAGCCCAAGUCUGAUGAGAAAAACAAGAACAAAAAGAAAGGCAAGGACGAGAAAUACGGUUCCGAGCUGACGACUCCGGAGAACAGUUCCUCUCCCGGCAUGAUGGAUAUGCACGACGACAACAGCAACCAGAGCUCCAUCGCCGACUCGUCACCCAUCAAACAGGAAACCAGUUGUAGCACCAGUCCGGCACCAGAGUCCACCGGCGCGCCCAACCGCGAAAACAGCGACGGGAAGACCGAGCAAAGUCCCGACAGUAAGAGGGGUGAGAUCACGACGACAACGGAGACAAGUAAGAGCGCGGAAGCAACCAAGCGAGAGGCGGACAAAGACUCCCCGGACAGCAAAGCUACUCAGGAUGUGGACCAAGAGGCCCCGCCUAGCAAGAAGUGCAAAGUGGAGUCUCAGGACUUUGAGGAGAGUUAA